UUAUUUCAAAAUACGCUCGCACGCUUGAUGGAGUUGCCUAAAAUAACAUUUUCAUUGAUGGAAAGUGUAUAAAUUGCUUAACAUUUAUUGCAUUUUUUAACAUUCAUUGCAAUUCAUACUCGCUUUAGAGUGUAAGUUAAGAUAAGAAGUUUGCUUUUGAAUUAAAUAACAUAAGAAAUUUGUUUAAACAAAAGCGAAGACGUUGUGUCGUUUUAAUAAGAACUUUGUUGUGGAACCAUUCAGGAUAAAAUAGUGGCAUGGGAUUAAAAGUAGCGACUGCAACUCAAGUAAACAGACAGCAGAGCGUGUGUGUUCCUCGGACGUCAUGUUCAAAGCUUGGGCGUUAUUUUUCCUUGUUGACGGUUGUGGUUUUGAUUGUAUCUAUCACUGCUGGAUCUAGUAACGCAACUGGAAACAGAUCUACAAACAUCGUAUUUCUACAUCUACUCAGUUUUGCUGCACAUUUUGGAGUACAAUGCUGGGUAACAUUUGUGGCAGGUUUCGCGAUGUUCUUCAGUCUGCCAAGGAUCAUGUUCGGGCACCUACAAAGUAGAAUGUUCCCACUUUACUUUACAUUAACAUUGGUUUUGUCAUGUGUUACAUUGUUAACAUAUGUUGUACAACAUCCAUAUCCGACAAUGACGUCAUCAGAAGCAAAGCAGCUAAUGGGAAUGUGCAUAUGUGUUAUAUCAACAUUCGUCAACAGUUUUUACCUGGCAACUGAAAUCGUCAACGCAAUGAUUAACGUUUUUGAGAUAGAAAAAUCAUCCGGAGUAGCAUAUGUCGUAGGAUACUGUGACAGAACUGAAUUGAAGAAAGAUCCUAAGUACUGUGAACAUUAUAAACGAUUUAGAUUGGUUCACAGUAUAUCAGGGGUUGCUAAUGUUGUCACUCUAAUUUGUAACAUAAUGUAUUUAUACCACCUGGCUAGUAUUAGCGUUAAUCUACAUUUGAAUCAUUUGAAUAAUGCCUAUUGUAUAUGAUUUUGCUUUCAUCUUGUUCAGAAAUCAGUAUUAGAUUUCACAUAGAUAUACAUGUAUAUUGUAACCUAUUUACAGUAGAAUAUAUUUGUUGUUGUCUGAUUUUUUCUCAUGUAUAAUGUUUGGUCAGUAGUUUGUAUUAUAUUUCUUCUGAAUGAUAUUUCAGACAAUCAUGUAUUGUAGAGAUAGAACCUAACAUUUUCAUUGAUAGAAAUACAUUAAAUAAAGUCUAGAAAUUGAUUUCCAAGUCCUUGAAAUUAACAAAAAUGAUUUCACAAAUAUGCAGUGUAUGAUAGUUUUGAUAAUAUCAAUAACAGAAAUUUUAAUAUUUAAUUCAAAGUUGUGAUCCGCAAAGAAUGUCAACUCUUUCCUUGGGCUAGUACUUGAAAGCAGAGUUAUUUAUUAGUUUACUUCCCUUGCAAUUACACAAUAGAGUAGAAAACGAAAACAGUUUAAAACACAAUAUUAUACAUUUUUGCACAACAAAAUUGUUUAGGAUUUAUUACGAUGUGUUUGAUUUACCCCUGAAACACUGGUUCCUAUGAUUUUGUCAACUUAAUUAUGGUAAAAAUUAACUUUUAACAAGCCGAUAAAAAAUGAAAUACCAGUAAGUAUUUUAUAGUGCAGAUAAUACAGUUUUGCUUGUAUCAAAAUGUCACAAUAGAAGCACUUUUGUAAUACAGAACACCUGGUAGGAUUAGUAAAGGUGCAGUUAUACUGAUCUCUUUUUCCUAUGCCUAUGUGUUGGGAAUAGAUCACAUGUACUAUCUAAAAGCAAUUAACAUCAACUUGAUAUUGAACAAUAUAUUAUCAGUUUACAGAGAAUUGUAUAUAUCUUUCUUGAAAGAUAUUAUGUUUUCAUGGUAAAUAGCAUAUUACAACAUUUAUGUUUCCUUUCGUAUAUACAUCGUAUUUACAUUGUCGAUUUCUGAGAAUUAUAAAA